CGGACUUCCGGUCGCGCGCCGCUCCGCCGCCGCCGUGCGACCGGAACUCGCCCGUGCCACCUCCGUCGCUGCCGGUGUGUCCAUCUCUGCCGCAGCCAUGGGGAUCCUGGAGAAGAUCUCGGAGAUCGAGAAGGAGAUCGCUCGGACGCAGAAGAACAAGGCCACCGAGUACCACCUGGGCCUGCUGAAGGCGAAGCUCGCCAAGUACCGGGCUCAGCUCCUGGAGCCUUCCAAGUCGGCCUCAUCCAAAGGAGAGGGCUUCGACGUCAUGAAGUCGGGUGACGCCCGGGUGGCCCUCAUUGGAUUCCCCUCUGUGGGUAAGUCCACCUUCCUGAGUCUGAUGACCUCCACAGCCAGUGAGGCCGCCUCCUACGAGUUCACCACCCUGACCUGUAUCCCCGGGGUCAUCGAAUACAAAGGCGCCAACAUCCAGCUCCUGGACCUGCCUGGCAUCAUUGAAGGCGCAGCGCAAGGGAAAGGCCGCGGCCGGCAGGUGAUCGCGGUGGCGCGCACGGCUGACGUCGUCAUCAUGAUGCUGGACGCCACCAAAGGAGAGGUGCAGAGGAGCCUGCUGGAGAAGGAGCUGGAGUCUGUGGGCAUCCGCCUCAACAAGCACAAGCCCAACAUCUACUUCAAGCCCAAGAAGGGAGGCGGCAUCUCCUUUAACUCCACGGUCACGCUGACCCAGUGCUCGGAAAAGCUGGUGCAGCUCAUCCUACACGAGUACAAGAUCUUCAAUGCAGAAGUGCUGUUCCGCGAAGACUGCUCUCCAGACGAGUUCAUCGACGUGAUCGUGGGCAACCGGGUGUACAUGCCCUGCUUGUAUGUUUAUAACAAGAUCGACCAGAUCUCCAUGGAAGAAGUGGACCGCCUGGCCCAAAAACCUAACAGUGUGGUCAUCAGCUGCGGCAUGAAGCUGAACCUGGACUACCUGCUGGAGAUGCUCUGGGAGUACCUGGCCCUGACCUGCAUCUACACCAAGAAGAGAGGCCAGAGGCCAGACUUCACGGACGCCAUCAUCCUGCGGAAGGGGGCCUCCGUGGAACACGUGUGCCACCGCAUCCACCGGUCGCUCGCCAGCCAGUUCAAGUAUGCCCUUGUGUGGGGCACGAGCACCAAGUACAGCCCGCAGCGCGUGGGCCUCUCCCACACCGUGGAGCACGAGGACGUCAUCCAGAUUGUGAAGAAGUAGCCGCACCUGCUGGGCCCACCCUGCUCGGCCCCAUCUCCCUGGGGAGUCAGGCCCGCUGGACGCACAAAAGCCCAGACAGCCACACCCCGGGAAGGGGCCCCUUGGGUCUCCGCUGUUUCCAGAAGCUUCUUCAGUAGGCAGAUGGUGAAAGUGUUAGGGCAGAGGGGCGAGGCUGGCGGCCCUGGGCUCCCUGGCAGCGUUUCCCAUGAGACUGGUCCUUCUUGGGGGUGUCCUGAGUUGAGCCCUGGGCCUGCGUCUUCAGGCUGCAAGGGAGUGAGUUGCCGGCCUACCUCCCAGCCAGGGCCCAGAGCCGACGGCAGGCUCAGUGCAGGGUGGGGAGUUGGGCCCGUCUGGGUCGCUGAAGGUGGUGGGGACUGUUAGGGCACAUUGUUCCCGCAGCUUCCACCAGCUUCCCUGGCCCUUGGGAAGAGCCCGCCCCCCCUGCCCGGCCUGUCCCUGCACCGCCCAAGUGGGGUCCUCAAGUGCCUCCCUCUGCCCCUCGCAGGGCGGCCCUGCCCAGCCCACACCCCCAGGAUCCUGGCCCGGCCCAACCAGGGGGGAUCACUUCUGAGUUUGGGUCUUGUAUUUUCUUUAGGCGCCCUGACCUCUCAGCUCUCCUUUCUGAAAUAAAAGAUCGAAAAUGA